UUCAUCCAUUCAAUACUACAUGUCCAGGACGAAAGAGGAAGAGUCACAAUCAAACCAGUAAUGGACAUCAAUGCAAAAUUACGAAGAAAAUGAAAGCAAAAAUCCCAAAAGAAUUACCUUUGGUGACGUCAACAGCUUCCAGUAUACAACCUCCAGCUUCAGUAAUAACGACAGCUUCAUCUUCCUGUCAGACGACAGUUACCCAAUCUUGUCACACCCUGAAUGUGUCAUCUACCACAUUACCUUUACACAAUAAUAGAUCAUCAAUAACUGUACCAACAGCGUUACAAUCAACUAAAUUAGCCAUAACAACACAUGGUACAACAUCAACAGUAACAACAACUAAAAUGCCUAUAACAACACAUGGAGCAACAUUACCAACAAGUAACAUAGCAACAACAACAAAUGGAUCAACAUCAACAUUACCGAUAACUAACAUACCAAUAAUAACAAAUGGGACAUCAACAGUACCAAUAACUAGCAUGGCUAUAACAAGACAUGGUACAAUGACAACAGUAACAACAACUAACAUACCAAUAACAACAUGUGGUUCAACAUUAACAGUACCGACAACUAAAUUAACAUCAAUCACUGGAACAUUGCCUACAGCAUUCCCUGCAAUAUCAAGCACCUUAUCAUCUUCCUCAGUAGCAACACCAAUAUGUUCAGCAGCAGUAUUUUCUCAAGUGACUUCCAGCUCAUCCAAUCAGGUUCCAAGUUUCUCAAUAACAAGCACCUCGUCAAGUCAAGUUGUAACAACAUCCAGUAUUUGGAGUGUUGCCGUCUCAAGUCUUGUAACCCCCACCAGUAAAAUACUGAGUACAGUAUCAACCUCAUCGACAAAAACAUCAAACUGUGCAGUUACAGUGCCUGUCACUAACGUACCUGGAACUUCAAACACACUUACAGACGAGGAGAACAAUUUUCUACGUUAUUAUCUGUUAGCCCAGCUUGGUACACGUGCCGUUAGAUUUCUGUUUGACUCGUUUGUCCCACCUGUGACGCUGACCAGUCACCUGAAGAAAGUACAAACAACGUUAAAGAAGCGCUGUAAUCCUCAACAGUUGACCGUCUUAUAUCCUGCUGCCGGUGGAACAGUUUCCUCAGCUGACUUUGAUACCUCUCUUUUGUACACUCUUCUGCGCAACACCGUAGCAAUUGCAGCGCCCACUAGCGGCUGGAAUAAGGAGCCAAGAUCUUGUGAUAUCUCACAGGGUGAUGAUGUAGAGAGAAUAAGAUUCGCCAGAAACUCAUUAUGUCACGGAAAAUCUUCCAUGAAUUUACCAACAUUUAAGUCCAAAUGGUUAAAUAUUUCUAAGGCUAUAGGACGUUUGAGCAGCGGUUCUCUUAAUGCUGAUGUUGUUUCCCUAUCUACAAAGAAAUUUGACAGAAUGGAGCAACAAAGCAUACUAGACGAUUUCUCUCUCCUAAAGAAAAGAGUUGAAAAACUGGAAAGAAAACACAUCCCAUUUAAUAUCCGUGAACAACAUGAAAAGAUAUUUGAGGAAUGGAAACGAGAGCAAACGGUUUUUUUCGAAACGAGAGCAUUUCAGAAAGUGAAAUCUGAAAUUGAAUCCAAAGAUAUCGUGACAAUAAUUAGCGGACCUGGAAUGGGUAAAACAUUCAUUGCCAGGCGGGUAUGCCUUCAACUACAGGAGGAAGGUUGGGAAAUUAUACCUGUGAAUCACAUCGAAGACAUGAUGACCUAUCGUCUUGUCAGCAUCAACCAAGUCUUUCUUCUCGAUGAUCCUGUAGGGGUCUUUGGCUUUGACAGAUCAAUUUCCAAUUCCAUUGAAAGAAUGUUUGAAUCCAUUUAUCUGUCAAAGAAAACAAAAUUUAUUUUUACUUGUAGAAAAUCAGUCUUUAUUGAAUGCGAAAAACAACCUAGUUUUUUAAAAAAUGUUAUUGAUAUUGGAAGUCCAGAUUAUAUGCCAAGUGAGAAUGAAAUGAAGGAAAUAUUAAAUUCACAUUGUGAAAGAGCAGGAAUAGAUGAAACGAUUUACAAGAGUGUCAACUUUAAAAGAGGCAUGGCGAUGUUUCCUCUUUUAUGCCGAUUAUUUUCAAAAGGUGAAGAAAACCAGAAAUUGGGAAGUCUGUUUUUUGAAAAACCAUAUCAGAGUAUCAUAGAACAGUUCAUUAAAAUGAGGAACCAAAACGAAUCCCAUUAUGCCGCACUUGUAUUAUGUAUGCUCAAGGAUAAUUACUUGGUAAAGGAGGAGGUUUCUGAAUCUUUUCAGGCGAUUAGCGAUAACUUCGACGUCAGUUUGCCUCGUAUACGCAGGUCAUUAAAAGAAUUGACUGGAACAUAUCUUGUUAAACAAAAUAAGAUUUAUUCAUUCUACCAUGACUCAUUGUUUGAGGUUGUGGCCUAUCUCCAUGCUUCCAAGUUCCCAGAACAGGUUCUCAAAUCACUGAGGAGUAGUUAUAUUGCAAAUAAUGUUCUUGUCACUGAAGAAGCUGUAGAACCAUCGUGUACGAAUCUCUGUAUCUGCCUUAAAAAGAAACAUUACAUCUUGCUUGCAAAAAGACUGUUGAAAGAUAUUAGAGACGUUCAUUUCUACGACGUUUUUGAUGGAAAAGCUCUUAAAAGCAAGGAAUUUUUAGAUUACUUUAUUUCUUACCUUGAUGAUGUACCUAAUAGAGAUUUAGCAGACAUGUUUUUAACGAUUCAUUCCUCCGAGAUGAAUAUGGUAAGCUACAGUAAAGAAACUUCGGAUAAAGUAAAAUACUGGGGAUUAGAUUACUAUAGACACAACCUCCUUUGGGGGGAAACAAUUAAAAUAAAAGCUUACCGUGGAAAAGGGAAAGGCAAGUUUGAAUAUAACAAUGACGAACCUCAAUUUCGUAUUGUGGCAUUGAGUUGGCUCAUUUAUUUUGGACAUGUACAUUUUUUAAACUACAUUCUUAACAGAUUUGAAAAUAUUCCGCAAUUACUGGAGAUAAAGAGGACGGACGGUUCCAGAUUGCUUGUGUUGGCGUGUUUGACAGGAAAUGUAAAUGUUGUACACAGACUCAUUGAUUGGCUAGGGCACUCAUAUAUUAACCUUGCUCCAAAUGAUACGUUUGACCCUUAUAAUGAGCACCUAUGUUACACCCCGUUAACAGCUGCUGUAAUAUCCAACAACAAGUCAGUAAUUGUGGAACUUAUUAAAGAAGGAGCCGAUGUAAAUAGUAGGGAUAAUACCUUUGAGGGAGACACACCUCUCACCACUGCCUGUAGACUAGGAUAUACCACAGUUGUAGAAACCCUAUUAUUCUGCAAGGCAGAUGUAAACCAAGUCAGUAACUCUGGACGAUCUCCAUUAUUCUGGGCAUCACGUAUGUCUAGAUGUGAAAUAGUGGAAAUAUUGUUACAAAGAAAUGCUAAUGUGAAUAUUGCUGAUGAUGAGGACAGGUGUCCUAUACAUGAAGCGGCAGAAAGAGGCUUCCUUGAUAUUGUGAAACUUUUGGUGGAAAACAAUGCUGACACAACUUCUGUAGACAAAAAUGGAAAAAUAGCAGUCUCAAUUGCAUUUGAAAAUAACUAUGAUUCUGUGAAAGAAUAUUUAAUUUCACAAUGUAACAACAGAGAUGCAUUUCAAGAUCAAGUCAUUCGUAACUUCAUUCAAAAAACCAUUGGUAUUUCACAAAAAAUGGAAACUUUCAAAUCAAAUACAAGUAGUCGAUUUACAUGUCUUUAUGAACUAAUUCUUGCAUCAAAACGUAGUCUCCCUCAGAACUGGCAGUCCUAUUGUUUUCAACAAAACUUCUAUCAAGAUGAGUUGUCGAUCUUAAACUGUUUGUUCAGUCACGGUUAUAAUUUAAGUUCUAAAGAUACAUUUUACCAAAAAUUACUGCUUGUAGCAUCAGAAAAAGGACAUCUUAAGGUUGUUGAACAGUUAGUUAACCACGGAGCUGAUUUAAGUAUUCAUAAUGAUGAAAAUAUUACACCACUGUAUAUAGCAUCACAAAAUGGACACGCAGAGAUAGUUAAAUAUUUAGUAGAACACGGUGCUGAUGUCAAUAUUUAUAAUGAUGAAAAUGUUACACCGCUGUAUAUAGCAUCACAAAAUGGACACACUGAGAUAGUUAAAUAUUUAGUAGAACACGGUGCUGAUGUCAAUAUUUAUAGGAAUGAUUAUGUUACAGCGCUGUCCAUGGCGUCAUUAAAUGGACACACUGAGAUAGUUAAAUAUUUAGUAGAACACGGUGCUGAUGUCAAUAUUUAUGAUGAUGAAAAUACUACACCGCUGUGGAUAGCAUCACAAAAUGGACACACAGAGAUAGUUAAAUAUUUAGUAGAACACGGUGCUGAUGUCAAUAUUUAUAGGAAUGAUAAUGUUACAGCGCUGUCCAUGGCGUCACAAAAUGGACACACCGUGGUAGUUAGAUAUUUAGUAGAACACGGUGCUGAUGUCAAUAUUUAUAAUGUCAGAAAUGUAACACCGCUGUAUAAAGCAUCACAAAAUGGACACUCUGAGAUAGUUAAAUAUUUAGUAGAACACGGUGCUGAUGUCAAUAUUUAUAAUGAUGAAAAUGUUACACCGCUGUUGAUAGCAUCACAAAAUGGACACACUGAGAUAGUUAAAUAUUUAGUAGAACACGGUGCUGAUGUCAAUAUUUAUAAUGAUGAAAAUGUUACACCGCUGUAUAUAGCAUCACAAAAUGGACACACUGAGAUAGUUAAAUAUUUAGUAGAACACAGUGCUGAUGUCAAUAUUUAUGAUGAUAAAAAUGUUACACCGCUGUGGAUAGCAUCACAAGAGGGACACACUGAGAUAGUUAAGUAUUUAGUAGAACACGGUGCUGAUGUCAAUAUUUAUAAUGUCAGAAAUGUUACACCGCUGUGGAUAGCAUCACAGGAUGGACACACUGAGAUAGUUAAAUAUUUAGUGGAACACGGUGCUGAUGUCAAUAUUUAUAAUGUCAGAAAUGUUACACCGCUGCUGAAAGCAUCACAAUAUGGAUACACUGAGAUAGUUAAAUAUUUAGUAGAACACGGUGCUGAUGUCAAUUAUUAUGAUGUCAGAAAUGUUACACCCCUGUAUAAAGCAUCAAAAGAGGGACACACUGAGAUAGUUAAAUAUUUAGUAGAACACGGUGCUGAUGUCAAUAUUUAUAAUGUCAGAAAUGUUACACCGCUGUUGAAAGCUUCAGAAGUUGGACGCACUGAGAUAGUAAAAUAUUUAGUGGAACACGGUGCUGAUGUCAAUAUUUAUAAUGUCAGAAAUGUUACACCGCUGUAUAUAGCAUCACAAUAUGGACACACUGAGAUAGUUAAAUAUUUAGUAGAACACGGUGCUGAUGUCAAUAUUUAUGAUGAUAAAAAUGUUACACCGCUGUGGAUAGCAUCACAAGAAGGACACACUGAGAUAGUUAAAUAUUUAGUAGAACACGGUGCUGAUGUCAAUAUUUAUUAUGUCAGAAAUAUUACACCGCUGUUCAUGGCAUCACAAGAAGGACACUAUGAGAUAGUUAAAUAUUUAGUAGAACACGGUGCUGAUGUCAAUAUUUAUAAUGUCAGAAAUGUUACACCGCUGUGGAAAGCUUCAGAAAUUGGACGCACUGAGAUAGUUAAAUAUUUAGUAGAACACGGUGCUGAUGUCAAUAUUUAUAAUGAUAAAAAUGUUACACCGCUGUGGAUAGCAUCACAAGAGGGACACACUGAGAUAGUUAAAUAUUUAGUAGAACACGGUGCUGAUGUCAAUAUUUAUGAUUAUGAUAAUGUUACAGCGCUGUCCUGGCGUCACAAAAUGGACUAC